AUGACUACCAAACCCAAACUUGCCUUUUCAUUAAAGACCAAGAAAAAGUCUGGCAAGAAUGCCAAUAACAAGUCAAGUGACCAGAAGCAGAAUGAAAAGGCGGAACCAGUAGCGCUGGAAGGCUUUGAGGCCAUACACGACAAAAAGGAAGAGGAACCAUUGGUGCAUCCAGAUCUACAGGGUCCCUUGGUGAUUCCAGCCUUGAAGGAUUCAAGAGCAACUUUGCAAGAACAAGCAAGGGCCAGACGGGAACAGGAAGGCGGAGGAGAGGAAGCUGCAGAAAAAAAAGACUCAGCAAUAAUAUCAGGGCCAGACGACGACUCGAUAAAACAAGAAGAACCAGGUCUGUCCAAAGAAGAUCAAGAGGCCAUUCAAGCAUUGAAACGUGAUGCUGGAGACUCCAAUGGUCCAUCUUCAAACGCCAACAAACGUGUCAUUCAAGCCCAAGAAAAUACCUUUCAAAACAGUGGAGAACAACAAAAGCAGCUACAGGAAAGCAGCGACCAGCAACAACUCAAGGAAGAUUUAGAAAGACACGCUCCAGAUUUGUCCGUCGACUCGGAAUCUUAUCAAAAGGUUCCAAUUGCUGAUUUUGGUGCUGCCUUGCUUCGAGGAAUGGGGUGGGAUGGAAGAUCGGACGUGACGGACGACACAGGUAGUGGACUUCCACGGCCGUCGCGGUUGGGACUGGGCGCCACACCCAAGCUAUUGGAUGCUCCGACCCACCGCAAGGGACGACGGCGACAAGAUCAAGUCCAACGAGAACAGCGCCUCAAGGAACAACAAGAAGAAUUUGAAAAACAACGGGAACUGCAAAUUAAAAAAGACAAACAACAAACCAUUCAAGUGGGAAGUAUUGUCUUUCACGAACAAUCCAAGCGAGCGAUUAUUCGACAAUGGAAUGGAGUUCCUGGACUCAAUAUGAUUUUGGUACAAUUUGAAGGCUCGAGAGAGCCAACCAAGGUGAAGAAAGGAAGCGUCCAAUUGAUUGAUCGAAAAGAGUUGCAGGAACGACCAUUCCAAGAGAUGGAAUAUCAUAAAGAGGAAACCCAAUUUUUGGGGCAACAACAUCAACAACAACAAUCCGAUGAUAACAAUAGGAUCAAACGAGAAGACAACCAUGAUCGGAGACGGGACAAGUCCAGAUCACGACGACGAGAAGACGACCAUGAAUAUGACUACGAUAAUCGACAGAGGGGAGAGAAACGUCCAUAUGACGAUGAUAGACGGCGAAGCAAUGAUCGUUCGGAGAGGGACCGUGGUGGUCGGAGAAGUGAUGAUCGUCGAAGCAGUAGCAGACGAGACGACGACCAUAACGAUCGACGCAAACGACACAGGAAUCAUCAUGAUGACGAUGAUGGUAAUUCACCAAGAAGAGAAGAAAAACGAUCUCGCUUCCAAUCUUCGUCUUCCGACCGACGGCCACAAACAUGGUUAACCCCCAACAUUCGAGUCCGAGUCAUUACUAGCAAGUUUGGUAGAUCUCAUGACAAACGAAAGGGGGUCGUAGUGGAUGUUGCCAGCACCAAAGGGGCCACGAUCAAGAUGGAACGUGGGGAAAUUUUGCAAGUGCCCGAGCGAUAUUUGGAGACGGCCUUGCCAAAAGUGGGUGGCAAUGCCAUUAUUCUAACUGGAACCAACAAAUUUGCCAAAGGAAGAUUGUUGGAACGUGAUUCUAGAUCCAACAAAGGUGCCGUUCAACUUUUUGAAGAUAUGAAUAUCGUGAAUACUUCUUUGGAUGAUAUAGCCGAAUGGUGUCUCCCACUCGACGACGACUUGAUGGACUAA